CCCCACCCGAGAAUCCGUCAGUCAGGCGGAGCUUCCCGUCCAUGGCGAUCUCUCUCUCUCUCCUCCCUCUCUCUCCUCCGGUUCAUCGCUUCUAGCCGACGUCGAUCGGUCGGAGUAGUCGCCGGCGCGCCCAAAAGAUCGCGGCUUGAUCGCUCCCCGACCGGGAGCGACCCUCCGCCUCCUCCUCCUCCAUGUCGGCUUCGGACAACGAAGACGAGAGCCUGGCCAACUUCCUCGAGUCCGAGAUCCUCUCCGAGGAAAGCGUCGACGCCGCCGCGGCCGCGGCCGUCGCCGAGCCGGAAGCGAAGCGGCAGCGCUCGGGGGGAGAAGGGGCGCCGGAGGAGGGAGAAGGCGAUGGCAGGAGCAGCGGCAGAAGCGCGGUCUCGUUGAGGUUCGACACUGGGAUCCUGAGCAAGAUACCUCCCGAGCUGUUCCCCAACAUCCUCAAAUUCCUCUCGUCCGAGGAUCUCAUGGCGUGCUCGAUGGCGUGCAAGUCGCUGAAUUACGCAGCGUCUGAUGAAUCCUUGUGGCGCCGACUGUACCGAAUUCGGUGGGGUCUGCUGCCACCAACUAAUAAGAUACGACAAUCCGCGUGGAAGAAGCUCUAUAUCCAGCGCGAUGAAGAGGACCUGAGUGAACUUGUCAGAAACUGCCCAGCAGAGUUUAAAGAAUACUACAUCCAAAUGCAAGCUGCAAAGAGAAGCCAAGCACCUCUUCCUUCACAGGUGAAUGAUGAUCGGAUGAUUCUUGAUAAGACAGUCGCUGAUCAAGUGUCUAUGUGGAAAAGCAGCAAGGGGUUCACUGAUGCAUUGGUUCUGGACCACGUUUGUUCAGGAGAAACAUGUUCUUAUCACCAAAUUGGCGAUGUCUUCGUUUGUGAGAAGACUGGAAAUGUUCACGUCUGUGAUGAGACGUGCAGAGAAACAGUUAUGGAUCCUGCCAAUGAGCUCUUGGUUUGCAAAAUAUCUGGACACUGUUUAGAUAGGCUGCUGUCAGCUGCUGAAAUGGAGCCUGAUGCUGAGCAGCAGCAAGGUGGUGUGACAGAUGAAGCUGAACCAUUCAUGGGAUCUGGUCGAUUUGCACGAGCUUAUUUAUUGGGAUACAAUUGCGAUGACGAAAGCGAGUUAGAUGCUGUGUUGAGGUUUUGCUGAAUUUUGGGGAUGGCAUGUAUAUGGUUUUGCAGGUCAGCAAAACUGUCCGAGUGUUUGUCCAUUUGAAUAGCUGAUGCCAGCCUAGUCUGUAUAGUUAUAUUCAAAAUAAUAUUAUUAGAUGACAGAAAAUUUGUUUAGGGUUCCUACGAACUCUCAUGGUGUAAUCUGGUUGGAUAGAUGUUAACAUCUCUAUGGAAACAUGUUGUCAAAGGUUUCCCCUGAUAUUUUUACCAUGA